UAUGUAUAUUAGCAAAAGUUAUUUGCAGUUCAAUGCAAUUAUUGAUUAUGACCGCGCGAAGCGCGGAAAAAUUACCUAGUAUAUAUAUAAAAGAAAACCUUAAGCCCGUCUACGUGGCGCCACUAGAAAUUAGGAUUUCCUUUUAAUUUAUUUUGUUAUCAAAACUAGUCUUCCCUUUUCGUGAAAAGUUAUGACGUUAAUGAAGAGUUGUGACUUUGAUGAAAAGUUGUGACUUUAUGAAAAGUUGUGAUUCUUAUGAAAAGUUGCGACUUUAAUGGAGAGUUGCGACUAUUAUACGAAAAAUUGUGUCUUUUAUGAAAAGUUGCUACUUUGAUGAAGAGUUGCGACUUUUAUGAAAAGUUGCAACUUUUAUGAAAGGUUGUGCGCUUUCCAAAGGCUUGCAACUUUUCCAAAUAGUUGAAACCUUUCUGAUGAAGCACAAUAACCAUUUUUUUACACUACCCUUUGUUGUCUAUAAAUAGAGGAAUUUUCUCUCAUUAUAAAACUACAAAAAUUCCAUACCUCUUAGUAUUUUUCUCCUUCUCUUUCUCCUCCUCCUCCUCAUUCACAAUUAAAUAUUUGUGUACUUUGCUCAUGUUGAAUGACUCACUAAGACCAUUGCUUAUGUUACAAAUCCUGUUAUGUCUUUUAACAAUCAUUACUUUAUGCUUAUGUUAUUUAGGAUUAAUGGUAAGAAAUAAUAAUUUUUAUUUUCCUUCACAUUAUUAAUGUUUUUUAUUACGUAAUCUUGCAUGUAAGAUAAUAUAGUGUUUUAGUGAUAAUGCCGGAUAUACUUUAAGUAAUACUUCAUAAAUUUUGUGAUAUUUAAUCUUGCGCGAAGCGCGAGUAAUUUUACUAGUGCUAUAAUAAAAAAGCUCAACUCAUAGGGAAAAUACUUUAUCGUUCUGCACACCUUUUUCUUUCCUCUCUCAAUCUCGCUUAAUUAGGUUUCAUAACCAUAGUUACUAUAAACUAUAGUUAUAAAACCUAAUUAAGUUUAUUUUAAUGGCUAAUUAUUCCAGAUUAAGAUCUCUUGUGUGUGCAUCACACCAAAUCGGUCCCUCAAACGAUCGAAGGGUAUAUUCGUCAUUUUCCCCUAAAUAAAAGAAAAUCCAACAAGUAAAUGAGAAAAUCUGUCAAUUGCAUUAUUCUUAUAUCCAAAGAAACACCACUAGUGUUCCUGGAGAGCUCCGCCUGUCUCACAGCCGUACUUGGAGAGUUCUGCCUGUCUUAUCGCCGUACAAAAUAGCUACUGAAUAAGAAACCGCAGCGUGCUUCUUCAUCUUGUCAGCGUUGGCGAGGACAUAAAUUAGGUAUUUUCUUGACAUUUUCUCAAUAUUAUUAUCAAAUCAUUUCGCUAGCUAGGGCUUCAAAGAUGCCUGAUUGGUCGAAACUUCAAAGUGAUCUUCUGGGUGUAAUUCUUAGUCGUAUGGAUUUGAUUGAGGACUAUCUGAAUUUCAGUAGUGUCUGUAAAUCCUGGCAUUCGGUGGCCAAGGAGCACAGGUUUAUCAGUAAUUUGCCUAGGGCUCCAUGGCUUAUGCUAGCCGAGGAGGAUGAUGGUGACGAAGAUGAUAACACCUGUAGGAAAUUCUAUAGUUUCUAUAAUGACAUGAUUUUUAAAAAGAGAAUUCCGGAAGCCCAUGGGAAAGGAUGUAUGGAAUCCAUGGGAUGGCUCAUCACUGUAGGAAAAGAAGACGGUGAAAUCAGUCUGUUACAUCCUUUUUCGGGUGUACAAAUCCAGCUGCCCCAUCAAAAUACCACAUCACUUUAUGAAUUCAAUCGCACUCGCUUUCCAUGGAUCUUUAUCAAGAAAGCUGUUCUCUCAGCUAAUCCUUCUCAUACACCUGACUAUGUUCUUAUGGUCAUUGAGGGAAAAACCGAGCGCCUGAGUUUUUGGAGACCAGGAGAUUUGUUAUGGACCAGGAUUACCAAGCCCAUCCACUUUGGAUAUUUUAGUGAUGUGAUAUAUUUUAAUGGCAGCUUUUAUGCGAUCACUUAUGGUGGUUGCAUCCAAGUUUGUGAUUUCACGGGCCCUGAGCCUGCUAGUAUUCGUAUAAUAAUGCAGAUUGCACGAUGUAUUGAUUGUAAGUAUUACAUCCUAGAAUCACUAGGAUCAUUAUUUGCAGUCACACAAAGUGGUGUUGGUUUAAGGUAUUUCGAAGAUGAUAGCGAAAGAAUUCGUUUGACGUUCAUCCCAGCUAUAUAUAAUCAUGAUGAGGUUAUACAGUGCAUGUCCGGAACAAUUUUUUUUUUUGUUUUCAAGAUUGAUUUAGAUGCUCACAUAUAUACGCCAAUCACGGAUUUAGGGGACAGAGCUUUUUUCCUGGGUGCUAAUGCUUCUUUUUCGGUCCAAGCCUCUCAAUUUCCGGGAAUCAAGCCCAAUCAUAUUUAUUUUACAGAUAAUUGUUUAGGUGCAUACCUCCACUCCGAAAGAGGCGGCGGCUUGGACAUGGGGAUGUUCAACUUAGCAGAUAGCAGUUUCCAGCCACAUUAUGAUGGUGUUUCCCUCAGUCGUGUUUGUCCUCCAAUUUGGGUCACACCAACUCUGUGCUGAGCAUCCAUUGAUCCAUCAAAUCCAGUUACAUCUGCUGGUGUUUCAUAAAUUUUUUUAGGAUCUUGCUCAGAAGUACAGCCGUAUGGGUCAGGUUAUUCUUGCUGUUCAAGAAUGUAGCAUAAUUUGCAGCUACACAUCUAGCUUAAGUUAGUUAUGAUGCUCAUCGCUAAAACAUGUUGUAUUUUAAUUGCUCUAUGUUCAAGGGGAAAUUGUUACUGUUGCCCAACUAUUACCUAACUUUAGCCUAUUGUAUUGUGUUAGUUAUUGUGAGACAAUAUGACCAUGUUACUGUUAAAGCUCAAAGAACUCUUUUGGGUUAUUGAAAGUA